UCAAAGUUCCAGUCUCCUUUUUCUCUGGUUGUUGCCACUUUUUUGCAAUAUCUGUUGCAGAGGAGCCCCCAUCAAUUCAAUCCCUUCUGUAUUUAUAUACUUCAAAUUCACAUUUCUGCACAUAACUUUUCACUCUGUGAAGUGGGUGUCGAAACUUUUUAGCUUUUUGAGAUGGAAAAGACCCAUGUUGUUGUCUUUCUUGUUCUCUGUGUUGUGUUCUUUGUCCCAUAUUUUCAUGGAGGAAUAGCCAUAGCUUCAGGAACACAAGAUGGAGCAGAAGAGUGGGGAUAUGUUGAAGUCAGACCCAAAGCUCACAUGUUCUGGUGGUACUACAGAAGCCCAUACAGAGUUCAAGAUCCAAACAAACCAUGGCCAAUAAUUCUUUGGCUGCAGGGUGGACCUGGUGCUUCUGGGGUUGGGAUUGGAAAUUUUGAAGAGGUUGGGCCAUUGGACACUUAUCUGAAGCCGAGGAAUUUGACAUGGUUACAGAAGGCUGAUCUCUUGUUUGUGGAUAAUCCAGUUGGCACUGGAUACAGUUUUGUGGAGGAUACAAAGCUAUUGGUGAAAACUGAUGAGGAGGCAGCAACUGAUUUAACUACAUUACUGAUGAAGAUUUUCAAUAGGAAUGAGAGCCUCCAAAAGAGUCCUCUGUAUAUAGUGGCAGAGUCUUAUGGAGGAAAAUAUGCUGUCACUCUAGGAUUAUCAGCUCUCAAGGCUGUAGAAGCCGGAAAACUGAAGCUUAAACUAGGAGGAGUUGCAUUAGGAGAUAGUUGGAUCUCACCAGAAGAUUUUGUAUUCUCAUGGGGUCCUCUUCUGAAGGAUGUUUCGAGGCUGGACCAAAAUGGCCUGAUGAAAUCAAACAGUCUGGCUCAGCAAAUUAAGCAGCAAAUUUAUGAUGGUCAUAUGGAAGACGCGACUGAUUCAUGGAGUGAACUCGAGGAUGUGAUUAGCUCUAGCAGUAAUUCUGUGGACUUCUACAAUUUUCUGUUGGAUUCAGGAAUGGACCCCGUGUCCUUGACAGCUUCUGAGCUAUCAAAAGGAAUUGCAAUGAAGCGAUACUCGAGAUACCUCGAUUCCUUGAGGUCCUCUCCUGGUGGUGAUGGUGAUCUAGAUAGCUUGAUGAAUGGUUACAUUAGGAAGAAGCUAAAGAUUAUCCCAAAUAAUGUGCAAUGGGGAGAGCAGUCGGAUCUUGUUUUCACAUCACUAGCGGGCGAUUUCAUGAGACCGAGGAUCACUGAGGUUGAUGAACUCUUGGCAAAAGGAGUCAAUGUGACUGUAUACAAUGGACAGCUUGAUGUCAUUUGUGCUACCAAAGGGACAGAAGCGUGGGUGGAGAAGCUUAAGUGGGAAGGGCUAAAAACUUUCUUGAGCAUGAAUAGGACUCCAAUCUACUGUGGGGAUGAUGACAGUGUUACCAAGGGGUUCACCAAGUCGUACAAAAAUUUACAUUUCUAUUGGAUUCUUGGAGCUGGUCACUUUGUACCUGUUGAUCAGCCAUGUGUUGCAUUGAACAUGGUGGGUAGCAUCACACAGUCCCCAAGUGCUUCAAAGUAGAGAGAGAUAACACAACUUUCCUCAAAUCUACAUUACAUGACUGCAAAUACAAACGCAUAAUACACAGAGGCAUGGAGACUGAAGCAGGAAGGCACUAGUAGAAGCAGCUGAUUCACACAAAAUAAAGGCUUUCAUUUACAUAUUUUUAUCUUGUCAUCAUACCAUUUCAUUAUAAUUUGAGUUGAAAAGAGAAAAGAAAUAGGUUGCAAAACUCAGAAACAGAUGAUAUUUUUAGGAGAAGAACUCCAUCCAACUUGACUUCUAAUAAUAGGGCAAUCUUAUUUUUCUAGCUAUGAGA